AUGAAUCGCACUCUCAAAACAUUUAUCCUGCAAAGGAGUCUUUUUUACGAUAGACGGGUACCAACUAACCUCUCAGCUAAUCCAAAGGAUGUCAAAGUCGAAGUGAAUGAAUCAGCUAACAUCACUUACAAAGCUAGCGUUCAACUUCGAAGUAAUGUGCAACUAUACUUCAAUCAUAGCGAUUAUAUCGACAUACCAAGUCGAAUCGAGCUAGCUCAAUCCACUGGUGAAGGACUGUUGGAAUUGACUGGUCGGAAGCCGGUCAGUGACCUAUACCUCGAUAUUACUGAGUGCAGGAGUGAUAAUGCAACGGAGUGCGAGCUUGACAUAAAUGACGCAUAUGUUGGAGUGAGUGUCAUCAGAUCACAUACUAUUGACGUCUUAACAGUAGUAGUUGGAUGGAUGUAUUUUGUGGCGUGGAGUAUAUCAUUCUAUCCUCAGAUCAUACUCAACUUCCAAAGAAAAAGCGUUGCCGGUCUAAAUUUUGACUUCCUCUGUUUGAAUAUCAUUGGUUUCACAGCCUAUACGCUUUACAACGUGUUGAUGUAUUGGGAUCAUGCUGUCCAGAAAGAAUAUUUGAAAGAACAUCCAAGGAGUCCCAUCCCAGUCCUAUUGAACGAUGUUGUAUUCGCGAUACAUGCUCUGACUGCUUGUAUCAUUACUGCUGCGCAAUGUUUCUUUUUGGAGCGAGAUCACCAGAGGGUGUCUAAGAUAUGCAUGGGUCUUUCAACCAUCCUCAUCCUCUUCGGCGCUGGAUCGGGAAUCGUUGCUCUACUCAAAUUGAUCACGAUUCUACAAUUUAUACAGUGCUUCUCAUACAUAAAAAUGGUUGUGACCCUAUCGAAAUACUUUCCACAGAUGUUGUUCAACUUUCGACGCAAAAGUACAGUGGGCUGGUCGAUUGGCAACAUUCUGCUCGAUUUUACUGGUGGUACCCUCGACAUCGUUCAGAUGGUGCUCCAGUCAUACAAUGUUGACAAUUGGUCCGCUUUCUAUGGAAAUCCUGUGAAAGGAGUAACUGUAGUCCACGCUGAAUACGAUGGGAUUGAAAAUCCUGAAGCUCCACAAAGUCCAUCUGCCCCAGAUUAUGGAGCAACUGAUCAGCCCAUCCUCGAAAACGAGGAACAAAGGCAUUGA